AUGGAGUCCAAGUUUGUGAUAUUCGCGUUGUGUUUGCUUUUGAGCCAUGGCUUGGCUGAACAACGCCAUCCCCAUGUUGGAUCUCUUGGUGAUCUUCGCGUAUUGCACUACAACAACCUCGGUCCCCAGAACAAUGGCACUUCAGCUAUUUUAGCACACGAUCGCUCGAGCUAUUCCGAUGCUGUUGCAAAAUGCAUUGCCAUUGGGGAGAAGCUCUUCCCGUGGUCUUCGAGUGAAAACGAUAGUCAAGUUCACUCCGAACUCGGUUAUGAACUAGACUAUCUCAUCUUUGCGAAAGAGAUACGAGAUGAUGACUACUUUUGGCUGUCGGAGGAAGAAAAUCGCAAGAUAUGUUCUGCUUUCUCGAUCGCCCAUCGCAAGGUCAUACAGAAACCAUGCAAUGUGAAGCUACCAGCCCUCUGUACCUCAAGUCCGCCCGGAACAACCGAUCGCGACCGAGCCGUAAGGGAAACCACGAAACUGACUGUCACAUCCGACGAUUAUGCCCUAACCGGAUAUCGAGAUGCGCGUUCCUUCCGCUUCCUCGGGGUGCCCUUUGCGAGUCCCCCAAUUGAUGACUUGCGCUUUGCCCCACCGCAAGCCUACACCGGACCAAACAACAUCGAUGCGACUAGCAUGGGGAAUUCAUGCAUCCAAUCUCCUUCAGCUCUUAGCACUGUGCCUAUCGGUGGAAUGUCCGAGGACUGCCUUUACUUGAAUGUCUUCACUCCAUUCCUGCCUCACAAUAAUAACAAGAACACCGCCCUUCGCCCCGUGGCUGUUUAUCUGUACGGGGGUGCAUUCACGAAAGGUACCGCAGCUAUGAUUGACUAUGACGGAGGAAACUUCGCCAGCCGCAGCGAUGUGGUCGUCGUCACAGUUAACUAUCGGCUUGGAGCAUUGGGAUUUCUGUCUACAGGGAAGCUGACAACUGGGAGCUACGGUAUUCAAGACCAGAUCAUGGCUUUGCAAUGGGUACAAAAGCACAUUUCAGCCUUGGGAGGUGAUCCAUCGCAUGUUACUGUCUUCGGGCAGUCAUCUGGUGGUCAAAGCGUGGUAGCUCUGCUCUCUUCCAGCGCAGCGAAAGGUCUCUUCUCCGGCGCGCUGGUGCAAUCAGCAAACUUCGACCUGCCAUGGUUUCCUCGCGCUCUUUUACUCUAA